UCAGACAUAUUCCUCCUAAAUGUCCCAAAUACCAUGAAUUACUUUUCCUUUCAAUUUCAGUUUUACUGCACCAUUCCAUUUACAGGCGUGACUAACAGUCUCUGUUUUUUCAGCUUCCACAAAGGAGGAACACAAAGGUGGGAGGAGGAAAGAGGCAAAGGAGUGAGUGAGAGGCAGCUGAGAACUUGCUCCUGUGAAGUGGAACAGAGGCUCUUCUAGGUCAGCAGGUUACCAUGGCAUCUGGACCCACCAUGAUGGCCCCCAUUUGUCUGGUGGAAAACCAGAACCAGAAGCUGAAAGUGAACCAGGAAGCUGUAGAGAUUCUUGACAAGAUAUCCCAGCCGGUGGUGGUGGUGGCCAUUGCAGGGAUGUAUCGUACAGGAAAAUCCUACCUGAUGAACUGCCUGGCAGGACAGAAAAAUGGCUUCCCUCUGGGCUCCACAGUGCAGUCUGAAACCAAGGGCAUCUGGAUGUGGUGUACGCCCCACCCCUCCAAGCCCGGCCACACCCUGGUCCUUCUGGACACUGAGGGUUUGGGCGAUGUGGAAAAGGGAGACACUAAGAAUGACUCCUGGAUCUUUGCACUGGCUGUGCUUCUGAGCAGCACCUUUGUCUACAACAGCAUGGGCACCAUCAAUCACCAGGCCCUGGAGCAGCUGCAUUAUGUGACAGAGCUCACAGAACUAAUCAGGGCAAAGUCCUCGUCAAGACCUUAUGAAGUAGAAGAUUCCAUAGAGUUUGUGGGUUUCUUUCCAGACUUUAUCUGGAUUGUACGUGAUUUCACUCUGGAAUUGAAGUUACAUGGUCACCCUAUUACAGAAGAUGAGUAUUUGGAGAAUGCCGUGAAGCUGAUUCCAGGCAAAAAUCUCAAAGCCCAAAUAUCCAAUCUGCCCAGGGAGUGCAUCAGGAAUUUCUUUCCAAAAAGGAAGUGUUUUGUCUUUGACCGACCAACAAGUGACAAAAAACUCCUAGCCCAUAUUGAGGAUGUGCCAGAAGGUGAACUGGAUCCUAAUUUCCGAGAGCAAACAAAAAAUUUCUGUUCUUACAUCUUCACCAAUGCAAAGACCAAGACCCUCAGAGAGGGAAUCAUAGUCAACGGGAAUCGCCUGGGGACUCUGGUGGUGACCUAUGUGGAUGCCAUCAACAGUGGAUCAGUGCCUUGUUUAGAGAACGCAGUGACAACUUUGGCCCAACUUGAGAACACAGCAGCUGUGCAGAAGGCAGUCGACCACUACAGCAAGCAGAUGGCUCAGAGUGUGAAGCUCCCCACAGACACUGUCCAGGAGCUUCUGGAUGCUCACACGGCCUCUGAGAAGGAAGCCAUUGCAGUCUUCAUGGAGCACUGCUUCAGGGAUGAAAAUCAAGAGUUCCAGAAGAUGUUUGUGGAAAUCAUAAAGAAUAAAAAGGAGGAUUUCUUGCUGCAGAAUGAAGAGGCCUCUGUUAAAUACUGUUGGGAUAAACUGAAUCAUCUUUCAAAGGCCCUGAUGGAAAAUAUUUCAGCUGGAAUUUUCUUUGUCCCUGGAGGGUUCAAGCUCUACACAGAAAUAAAGGAAAAGAUUGAACAGGACUAUUCUCAAGUGCCCAGGAAAGGAGUAAAGGCAAACGAGGUCCUCCAGAGCUUCCUGCAGUCUCAGGCACCAAUAGAAAAUUCCAUUCUGCAGUCAGACAAAGCUCUCACAAAUGCAGAGAAGGCCAUAGCAGUGGAGCGAGCCAAGAAGGAGGCAGCUGAGAAGGAACUCGAACUUCUAAGACAGAAACAGUUGGAGCAGCAGCAGCAGCAGGAGGCUCAAGAGAGGAGUUUAGAGGAAAACAAGUGCCAACUGAAAGAGAAACUGGAGAAGGAAAGAGAUAACUAUGUUAGAGAGAUGCAAAGGAUAAUGGAGCAUAAGCUGAAGGUCCGGGAGGAUCUGCUUAAUGAAGGAUUUAGAAAGAAAUCUGAAGAGAUGGAUGCAGAGAUAAAUUAUUUGAAAAAUAUUGUUUAUAAGAAUACAAAAAAUAAUGCUCCCUUGAUUGCACAGGCCCUGGACAAAUUUGCCGUUGAAAUCACUUCAAUCCUGUCUGCUCCUGCUAAAUUACUUGGUCAAGUUGUGAAAGGCCUCAGCUCACUGUUUAAAAAGGAUUAUCUGUAGAGGGUUAAGUUGGCUGGGACCUUAGUAGUGACUGAAUUAUAGAAUGUGGGUAUAUGUAUGCUCUGACCUAUUUUUGGUGGUUGUUUUUCACUUCUCUCUAGCAAAGUCUUAAACAUAAAAAGCAUCUACUAGAAGAUACCAGUGCGUGGCACACAUUAGAUAGAAUAAAUGUUGAUUUUAUUAGUUAAUUUAAAGGGAGAGACAAACAGCGCUUUAACACUGGUGUUGGCAAAUUUCAGCCUGUGGGCCAAUUCAGGCCUGCUACCUGUUUUUCCAAAGUUUUUUUGGAACACAGGCAUGCUCAUUUGUUCUUGGCUGCUUUCAUGUCACAAUGGCAGAGUUGAGUAGUUAAAACAAAUGCUGCAUGGUCCAAAAAGCCUAAAAUAUUUAUUACCUGGCUCUUAAGAGAAGAAGGCUGUUACCCUCAGUUUAGAAGACAAAAUAGAGAACAAGAUCAAAUUUGCUGUAGCAGUAAAAAAAUACUUAGAAUAAAUUUAUCAAGAAUGUGACUGCAAGUCACAAAAAGAAUUACACAAAGUAUACAUAUUUAAGUCAGUUUUCCCUAAUUUAUCUGUAAAUUUAAUGUGCUCUGAGACAAAAUAUCAAAAAGAUGUUUUCCUGAAGUUAGGCAUGCUAUCUUCAUAGAAGAAAGUCAAAAAGACAAACAAUACUCUGAAAAGAUAUUUUCAAUUAUUAUCACAGAAAAAGAGCUAAUUUAUUUAAGAUUUAUGGGUAGGUAAUUCACAGAAAAUAAUUAAGAUAUUCAACUUUUAAUUGUUAGAAAACAAAAUUAAAACAUGAUCAUAAAUAUAAUCUUUCAGUUCUCAGAUUGACAAGGAUUAAUACAUCUUUUUUAUAGCAAAUUGUGUUUGAAAGAUUGCAGAAAAAGAGUUACUCUCAUAUGGGAGUACAAACCGUAUAACACAUGUUGAGAAUAAGUCCUAAUAUUUAUUACAUUUCAAUGUUUGUAUACUUUGGUUUAGCACAUUUGCUUUUAGUAAAAUACAUAUGCAAAAUCCUAUACACAAACACAAGAAGUCCAUUGAGACAUUGCUUUUAAAAGAUUGGAAACUAUGUAAUGACCCAUUUACAUGGGAUUUGGUAAUACAAAUUUUAGUUCAUAGGUAUAGUGGAGUAUUAUGUAGCCACUAAAUAAAUUGGAAGUGGAGCACUAUUUGUACUAAUAUAGAACAAUCUCAAAGAUAAAUUCAUAUUAAAAAAAUGAGGUGGAAGAACAUAUACAGUGUAAUCACUAUAAAAAUGCAGUUAGCAUAUGCAACCAUACAUAUGUACACAUAGAAUAUCUCUGGGCAGAUUCAUGAGAAACUAGUAACAUUGAUUGCUUCUGGGGAGAACUGGGUGGCAACCGGGAUUGGAAGGAUACUUACUUUUCAUUAUAUAUUCUAUCUUUCGAAUUUUGUAAAAUGAGCUGGGUUUAAAAUGAGCUUGUAUUGUCAUUCAGAAAUAAAGAGAAAAAUGUAAUGUAUAAUACUAAUAAUGAUCCUUACUCCUUUAUAAGGCAUGGAAAUUAACUCUUAGCUGAUAAUGUUGCUCACUGUUCCCAGAAAUGGCAUCGAUCAGCUCCAUGAGGAGGUCUAGGAAUAAGAUCACAGUGCUGGGAACCACAAAAUUUGCAUCCUGUCUUGUUUUCAUUUGGGUGUUGAUUUUUUAAAUUCCUUAUAUUCGCUUCAAAACCAAGACUUGAAGUUUCCUGUGACCCUUUGAACUCUCAGCUAGAGUGGCUUCUCCUUUCUGUUUCUGUAUCACAGUUUUAAGGCGUUAGAAACAGAAAUACCAAACAAUAAGAACAUGCACUGGUGAAAGGAAUACCCCUAUCCUUGAAAAGUAUAGUGGUGGCCCCUCCUCUGUAGGCCAGGGCAGAUGGGACAUGUGCCAUGCAGAACUGGACUCA